AUGGCUAAUCCUCUAUACUCACGUCUGGAUACUUCUCGACGCGAGGUUCGCUUGCUGGUCCUUGAGCCAGGGGCCAGCGAAGGCAACGUCAAAUGCAAGCUCAUAACCAGAUCGCUGGACGAUAAUCCGACUUACGAGGCACUUUCGUACACAUGGGGCGAAACGCAAUUCAAUCAAUCUAUUCUUCUAAACGGACAUCCUACUACGAUCUCGGGAAAUCUUGAGUCCUUCCUUUGGACGAUAAGCCAUGAGCGGGAGGAAAAAGUUAUAUGGGUAGACCAGAUUUGUAUCAAUCAAUCUGAUAUUGUGGAGCGUGGUCAGCAAGUUCAAUUAAUGCGGGACAUCUACGAAAAGGCGGAAGGGCUUCUUAUAUGGCUUGGAUUGCCUGACGAUGAUUCAGACAUGGCUCUUGAACUCAUCAUAGCUCUCAGUAAGCUUGAGCAGAAUCUACUCGAAGUCCCAACUAUUCUAGCAGUUGCGCAGACCCCUGAGAUGCUACCGUACUAUCAAGCUCUGCAGAAGUUUCUUGGUCGUUCUUGGUUCAAACGCACAUGGAUAGUUCAGGAACUGGCCCUGUCACAGCAUGAGAUUAUGGUAAUCUGUGGGGAACGGUGGCUUCCAUGGUUCACUAUUGCUCGAGCCGCUGAAAACCUUGAACAUCAUCGUUUGAUGUGGUUCAGUGGUAAUACGCUAUUCUAUACGAUUAAUAUAGCAUCUGUUACGUCGCUACAAAUGCUUCAUCGCCAUCCGGAGAACAAUCGUCUACAUCAGCCUCGUCCGACGCUUUUUGAUCUUUGUUGGAUGCUCAGAGCUUUUCAAGCUACAGAUCCCCGUGACAAGAUCUUCGGGUUCAUGGGAUUAGCUACGGAUUUGAAGCGAAGUAGCUCGUUCUUUCCCGACUAUACAAAAGCAGUGGUACAAACGUACCUGGAAUUUGUGAGAUUUUUAAUAACGGAAAAUAAAAGCUUGGAGUUUCUUCGUGUUGCAAGUCGUGCAACUGAUUCGGAUUUUCCUUCAUGGGCACCCGACUGGAGAGACUCCUUGUCCAGAUCAGUUACUCGACCAGGUUAUGACUCCAGAGUUCCCAAGUUUUCGGCUACAGGCGUGUCGAUACCAGAUGCUCGCUUAUCCGACGACCUCAAGACUCUUAUAGUCCACGGAUAUGCCGUUCAAAGUAUUGAGCUGUUGGGGGAUGUUCUACAUCAUGCCCGUUCCGCUCCAACACUUGAAAAAGACACCAUAGUUGCCGUACUUCGAAGCUGGGAAGAUCUCGCCACAGAGGUGAUUCUCGAUCCUUACCCAAAUGGACAAAGCCGACUUGAAGCAUUCUGGCGGACAUUACUGGGUAAUUCAGACGUCGACGCUCAAGAUAUUCCCACCUCGAAUCCCUCGCUGGAUUACGCACUAAUGCUUGAACGCUACAUAGAUAAGGCCGGUGACUUUGUCGAUAUGCCGAACCGUGACGACUUAAUCGGUAAAUAUGCACGUCCGUUUACUGUUCCAAUGAUCAGAGCUACAUAUGAGCAACGCUAUUUCGUUACCAACCGAGGGUACAUGGGUUUCUGUCCUAUUUAUUCUCGGGUUGGAGAUUUGAUCUGUUUGUUGCCUGGAACAAGUGUUCCUAUUAUACUGAGAAAGAUCCAAGAUCAUUACGUUUUGGUCGGGGAAUGCUACUGUCAUGGCAUGAUGAAGGGCGAGAUAUUUAAUACCUUGGGAGAGGACAAUGUUGAAGAGCAAGUGUUUAAUGUUAUAUAA